AUGUUGCCUCAAAACAAGGAUCGGGUGCUGCUACAGAACUCAGUGCCCUCAGGGUGCCCCCCUCAGGUCCUUUUACCAUUCGUGGAUUCCCCUCCAUCCAACCUACCACUUUUCUCUCAUUUUCAGUCUUUCCCUUCUCCUAAUCCAACUUUCUCCUCUUCCACAAAGUCCUAUCUUCCCUUAUCCCCUCCUCCUCAGCCCCACUCUCCUGGACUUCAUUUCUACUCUUCUGACUCAAAUUCUGAUUUUGUCCCACUUCCCUACACUUCCUCUCUCCCAAGUUCCCCCACUUUCUUUCAACAGAACUAUAACUGUUUCUCCCCUCCACAGUCCUCCUCUCCCUCCACCUACCCACUGUACCUCUCUCCUCCUCUUCCUCACUUUUCUCCUUCCCAGCUUCAGAACUCCCCUCCCCAUUCUCCUUGUCAGUCUUCCUCCCACCCCGAGGACCUCGGCAGCUUCUUGCCCACUACUCCCAGCCCCAGCCUCCCUUCUCCAGACAUCCACUCUAACAGGCAGUCAUGGCAGUGGCCUCAGUACAGAGACACCAUAUCUCCUGGAGUGGUAGGGAGUUGUGUGGCAAGCAAGAGGGACUCUUCAGAAUUCAGAGACCCAGGAGCACUUGCCCAGGCUCUGGUGGUCCAUUUGGGGCGCCGCCGCAUUGCAAACGACCUGCAGCUACUGCUUCUGCAGCACCUAUGGCUAGGCAGAACCAGCCAGGCACCAGUCGUAGAGUAUCCCAUAUGCCUGGUAUGCUUCCGGCCUCGCACAUCCUCUUGCCCCAACCCCAGUUACAAGCCUGGACCUCGGCUGCUUGCCUUCCCACAACUGCUGCCCUGGACUCAGGGCCAGGAAUCUGGGCCCUUCCGCAUAGGCAUAGGCUUUGGCCUCCGCCUGCCUCGAAGACAGGCCAGGGCCUUGCAUCUACUGCCAGAAAGAAAUCUGGAAGUGGGGUCUCAGGACGAGGCCCCCGGAACCCACCAGUAUCAAACACCAGCAACCCAAGCACCAACACUUCAAGCCCCAGGCACACUCUCCAAGGCAAAGAGCCUCAGGUCUGCAAGCCCAUCACCAAACUCCACCCAAUGUUCCAGGCCUCCUCAGUUUCAAGCACCAAGACAGGCCGCUGCUUCCCCAAAGUCCAGGCCUUCUCGUACCCCAAAGAGGCCCAUGUCUCCAGAGUAUCUUCUCCGAAAGUCACCAUCUUAG